AUGGGCCCUGCGGGCGCGGGCAAGACAACCUUCUGCAACGCCAUCAUCCAGCAGCUCCAGAACACACGCAGAAGCUGCUUCUACGUGAACCUCGACCCAGCGGCAGAAACCUUCAGCUACGAGCCGGAUCUGGACAUCCGCGAACUCAUCACUUUAGAGGACGUCAUGGAGGAGCUCGAACUAGGACCAAACGGCGGCUUGAUCUACUGCUUUGAAUUCCUGCUACAAAAUCUCGACUUCCUGACGCAAGCGCUCGAUCCCUUGAGCGAGGAAUAUCUGAUCAUCUUCGACAUGCCGGGCCAGAUCGAACUGUACACGCAUAUUCCCCUCAUUCCGUCAUUAGUGCAGUUCCUGUCCCGCGCGGGUCCGUUGAAUAUAAAUCUCUGCGCGGCAUAUCUUCUCGAGAGCACGUUUGUGGUGGAUAAAGCUAAGUUCUUCGCGGGGACUCUGAGCGCCAUGUCCGCUAUGUUGAUGAUGGAGAUGCCGCACAUCAAUAUUCUGAGUAAGAUGGAUCAGGCCAGGGAGAUUAUGUCGAGGAAGGAAUUCAGGAGAUUCGCGAAUGUCGAUGUGCAGUCAUUGCAGGACGAUGAAGAGAUAGAAGAUGAAACUACAGCGACUGAUCCCUCGUCUAGGGGUGCCGUUCUGAGUGGGAACUCCUUCAAGCGGCUGAAUCGGGCUGUUGCGCAGCUUAUCGAUGAUUUCAGCAUGGUGUCCUUCUUGCAGCUGGAUGUUCAGGAUGAAGACAGUGUUGCGGCUGUUCUCAGUCAUAUUGACGAUGCCAUUCAGUUCCACGAGGCGCAGGAACCGAGAGAGCCACAUGACGAACAGGACGUGAACUGGGAGGACGCAGAUUAG